AUGCCACGGCGCAAAUGUUUUGAGGGUCGUCGGAUAUGUUUGCGAAAGGCCCCAAAGGAUCACACACUCUUGGGACUUUGUGUCAUGUACUGCGGGACGGGCUACCGCGGAUUGCAGCUGCAGACCCACGCACCAACGCAUCACACCGUUGAAGGGGUGUUGAUUCAGGCAAUGAAGGAUGUUGGGCUCAUCGAGGCGAUUGAGCGGGGUCGUGUGAAGGGAGACGUGCAUCAUUUUUCGCGUUCAUGUCGUACAGAUCGGGGCGUGCACGCAGUACGGAACCUUGUUUGUCUUUUUGUUUUUACAGAGCGGAUUGAGGCGUUGGGUGGGUGCGAGAAAAUAAAAGAAAUGUUAAACACAACAUUGCCCUUGACGAUACGAGUAGCGCGGGUAACGCCUUUAAUGGGCAAUUUUAUUCCCCGCUUCUCUUGUAAUCGGCGUGUUUAUCAUUACUUAAUACCGGCGUAUGCUUUUGUGGCACCGUGCGACUACUGGAAGAGUUUUUAUGAAAAAUUCCCACAGGCAGCUGAAUUACUGCGCCGCUGUUAUGCAGAGGCGCGUUCUUUUUUGGAUUUAUCCCCUGCUGAAUCGGAUCCGUUACUGGCAGCACUUUUGGCUGCUGUAACGCGUGCGAAUGACCUUCUCCUCCGUUAUGUGGUGGGGACGCAUCGUUUUCAUAGCUUUUCCGUUGAUGUGCCGCAGCGCGGCGUAAGCGGGUGGAACCGCAAGGUCAUCAUGCCGAGCAGCAAUGAGGCCGUGCGAUCCGUGUACCGCUGCGAGAUUGCCCCGCGUGUUUUCUUGCUGCCGCGUAACACCACCGGGUUAACUCGGGCGGAGUUUCAAGCCGCGCUGCAGAUAGUGGGGAAAGAUUCUUCUCUUGCAUCCUCCUCUGUAUUGCUAUCAUCUCUGUUGGAGGCAGCCGUAACGGCGGAACGUUCCUCGGUGGAUGACUUUCCGAGUGACGCUCCGUUACCUUUUUUGGUUUUUCAAAUUGAAGGCAACUCGUUUCUUUUCAAUAUGAUAAGAAAAAUUGUUGGGACACUCAUUGCCGUGUUAAGAGGUGCCAGAGAGACGCUUUUCGCGGAGGCCGUAUCACCCGAUCGGCGUGUUGUGUGCCCGCUAGCUCCAGGGCCGUAUUUGUAUUUGUUUCUUUCGACGUAUCGCCGGUAUGACACGGUUGUGCGUGGCAGCCGCUCGGUGCGUUUUCGUCCGAUUGCACACGAGUGGCGUGGCGAAGUCACUGAGGCGGCUGCGACUUUUGCUCGUUCUUCCGUUGCAGCCGAUGUCGUUGAUCUCGAUCUUAACCGUACACCUGCCAUUGGCACGUUGCUUGCCGCACGCGAUGCUGCACGCCGAGUCACGCGUCCCUGCUGGGAAGAGGAGGAGGACUGCCAUCUUUUGUCCUUGAAAGAUUACCAUCCGGUCGCUGUGGAGCCACACCCGCCCUUUUCGGAAAUGACGAUGUUCCUGCGAUCUCUGCGGGUGCACAAUUGGAGCAUUGAAAUUGUAAAGUCACCCGCUUGUGCCAGUGUUGUUUCCUCAAAGGGAGGGGGCCAUUUAACUUCCAACAAGAAUGAUGAUAAAUUGAACAAAACACACAAGCGACAGAGGCAAGGACUGGCAGAAGACUCGGCAGCCGAGGGAGGACGACCACUGAAGAUAAAGCGAUCUUGUGAGGAUACGAGUGGUGGAGGGAGUGGAGAAUCCUCCGUUUUGAUGAAGACUUUGGAUAACAGGGAUGCUGGCAACAAAGAGAGCCCGAAAAUGGAUGCUGAUGCUGAUGGCGAUGACGAUGAUGAUGACGACGACGGUUGGAUUUAUGUCGCCCCAACGGAAGAAGCGGCGAGAAGCAAACGCCGUGCGCACCACCAAAAACAAAGGGAGCGUUCCCGUGCGUGGGUGCACGGCGGUACCGAAAAGGAGGGAGCGGCAGCCGAUUGGGAAGGCGAUGGGGGAGGCAGCGAGUAA